AUGGCAUCUACAUCUACGCUAUCGUCAGACCGAGUCGGUAGCGGCGAAUCGAGCUCGCUGCCCGAUCCCACAUCGCACCAGCUGUCGAAACGCCAACAAUAUGAUGCCCUGUUAGAUGCAGAGGCGGGAGCAGAAGCGAAUGUAUCGCUCGGAUCGCCCGCAUCGCAUCCGUCGUAUCCCGCAGUAGCCUCGCUUUGCCGCACAUACCCGACGCAGGCAUCGGCCAUCUUCCAGACCUACCUCGACCUCAAGAACGGCGCGGCUGCAUGGGACGUCGUUGAGCCUCUUUCACUGCGCCAUCCGCAGCAAGCACGCGAAAGCAACACAGCGGUUUUGGGCAGUGCUGAGCUGGAAGGAUUGUCCGAGUCAGAGGCGCGCGAGUUGGUGCAAAACACGCUAGCCAACUGGAGGAGCAGCGACACACGGCUCGGACUCGUCAACCCGCCCGAGCAGGGACAAGGCCAAGAUGGCGAUCUCAUGCUGGCGCUUGGGCUGGCAGCCAUCAAGGGCCGCAGAAAGAACGCAACUGCAUACGAGAUCGUGAUUCCUCUGACCAUCUCGCAACACCUCACCACUUCGCAACUCGUCGGCAUCUUUACUCUGCUCACCCAACACGCCGCCUCGUCCACUGACACUGUCGACACCUCGCACGUGCUGCUCGCCAUCAUCGCGCCCGACUCGACGCUCGUCUACUACACCGUGUCUCAAGACAUGGUCAAGCCCGUCAACUGA